ACUUACUCGUAUUGUCGCGAAGGGAGGAGCUUGAAUUGAAAUUAUUCGAGUCAUGCGAGCUAAUUCAGCUCCUCCUGCUUCAUUAAUAUACAGCUCGAAGUAACGCCUUGAAAAUACCCAACGUACUCUGGUGUUUAUUCCGACAACUAAGCCAGGUAGCAUCAAGUUAUUGUCCUUCGAUGAUAACAGAUCUUCACAAGUUGCGGUUUCAGGUAAACAAUUCAUCGUCUUAUCGUGAUCGUUUCGAUUUGUGGGCACUGUUCGUUGUUUUUCGUGUGCCUUUUUUUGGUCGUUUGGUCUGAAAUUUCGAGAUUGUUUGUGAUUUUUAUGCUGGGUUUGAUCGAUGUGCAGAUAGAGUUUUUACGUGAAUGAUCCAUGCAAACUUGGGUGUCUCUCAUCAGCAAUUGUUUUUUUUGCGCAUUAUUUUCUUGCCAAUGGAAAAUUUUACAAGUUUUUCAUUCAGUAAUUCUUCAUCAACUUCUAAUAAAGUUUGGAAAAAAAAUUAUUAGCGAAGUUCAGAUUAUCAACAAUUAGCCAUCAUCGCGAAUAAAGAGUUAAUUAUCUGAUGAUGCAUUUUAACUGAUACGAGAACGAAGAAUGUUUUCUUGUUCCGUACGAGCGGCGAUUGCUCCAAAUUACUCUGGUACGCUUCCAAACGAUAGCUUCAGGAAUCAUCACCAACAACCAGUAUACGUUCCUUGCAAUCGGCCAACAGCCAGUAUGUUCGGUCCUCAGUACACAAAUUCGUCUCAUAAUACAAAUUGGCACAGUGCUGCACAUCCUUUGAGUGCCACAGCUCAUCAAAAUUCAGCCAAUUCUUUAGCUAGUUCCUUUUAUACAGCCCAAAACACGAUGUUGUGGCCAAAUCCUGCUUAUCAGACUUCAUCUCCGUAUGAUGGAGCAAUGGAAUUUCAAUUCGGCGAAGGCCGAGAAUGCGUUAAUUGUGGUGCAAUUUCAACGCCUCUAUGGAGACGUGACGGUACUGGUCAUUAUUUAUGUAACGCUUGCGGACUUUAUCAUAAAAUGAACGGUAUGAAUAGACCUUUAGUGAAACCUUCAAAACGAAUGACUUCGUCUAGAAGAUUAGGACUUUGCUGUACAAACUGUGGUACUCGAAAUACCACGUUAUGGAGAAGAAACAAUGACGGAGAGCCGGUAUGCAACGCUUGCGGUUUAUAUUUCAAAUUACACGGCGUUAAUCGUCCACUGACAAUGCGCAAAGAUGGUAUUCAAACGAGAAAACGUAAACCGAAGAAACCGCCUACAAUAUCAUCCGGUGGCAACCAACAUAACACAUUGAUCAAUAGUAUUUCCACUUCUCAAGAAUCUCUUAAAAACAGCUGUGAUGACGAAAGAGGCUACCUUAAUUUAUUAACCAGUGGGACGCACGUAAAAAGUGAACCUUACACCGAUAGUAUCCAAGGAUCCAACAGUAAUCACUAUUUGCCCCAUAAUUUUGCAGCAGCAACUCAUAAUCCGUUGAAUUUCCCAUUCCCACCGACUGGAACUUCGGAUAUUUACCAUCGUCAUUUUGCAUCUAAUCAUAGCAGUUCGAAAAUACUGUCUCCUACUUAGCAUCAUGUUUUCUUUUUUUAAUUCGAGAUUUUAUAUGUACCUAUUAUUUAUUUUAAAUUAGGCAUCGUGCAAUAUUUAAGAAGACUGCUGAUUUAGCAUUCAGUACUUUCUUGUUUUGUUAUGGUAUCCUCUGCGGUGCGAUGAGACCAAAUAUUAUUGAGGUAUUUCAUCAAUACCCAUAAGUUAAUUUUUUGCAAUGUGUAUUGUGUAUUUGUUUUAUAGCUUUUCAUGAAUCGAUGAGUACAUUUCUACUUACCAUCUGCGUAGUAUUGGGAGUGUUUCAUUAUUGUUUAGAGUAUAAUUUUGUAAAAAAAAAAAAUCUGUAAGUUUAACGAUACGAUUGUGUACCUAGUUCUUUGUACAAAUGUUUUGUUAAUAUAGGUAGGUAUUUAUUAUGAAAUAAAGUUGGGCCUGUGAAUGGUGUGGUA